UAGACAACUGUCAAAAUCCACUUUUCUCUAGAAAUUUUAAAAUAAAUGGAUAAUUUCGAUAUUUUCAAGUGUCGUGAGGUUUCAAAAUGUAUGGAAUUAUUGAUUUAAUACCUGGUUUGUAACUUUUAUAUAUUUAUGUAUACGGUGAUAAUUAAUUUUUGUAAAAGUGAAAGAACAUAGUAUUUUGCAAAAAAAACUACAAAACUAUUGUCUAUGGACAGCGUCUUUUCGCCAUCAAAGUUGCGAGGCAAACCGUGAAUUUUUUGGAUCUUUUGAUCCGUUUUCAUGGCUGUCGUAUUUAAACAUUGAUGUCUGCUUUAAUUCAAAAAUGAGUGACUAUCCUUCUAUGGCUACGCUUCAAAAUAAUAGUCAAACGGCGGGAUAUGUGGAUGCUCUUCAGCGUGCGAAAUUGGUUGCAGCAAAAAUCAGCAGUACUAAACGGCCUCUAGAGGAAGGAUCAGAACCAAGUGCAAAGAAAUCAGCCUCAGAUUCUUUUCAACAACCACAACAACAACAACAACCAGCAAUGAGUGCUACAGCGGCAGCGGCAGCGGCGGCGGCGGCGGCAGCGGCGCGUAUCGCGGCGUCGAGUGGCGGCAACGCGCCGGCGCCCCCACCACCCCCCAUGGCCCCCGAUCAAGCGCUCAACGAAUACAUCAGGGUUCCGGACAAAAUGGUUGGCCUAAUCAUUGGACGUGGAGGUGAACAAAUUACACGAUUGCAAGCUGAUUCGGGCUGCAAGAUACAGAUGGCACCGGACUCCGGUGGCCAGCCGGACAGAGUCUGCACACUCACCGGUUCUAGGGAAGCUAUACAGCGAGCCAAGGAGUUAGUGAACCAAAUAGUGAAUCAUCGGGGGCGGGAGAACGCUCCUCAGCACCAGGAUAGCCCGGGCGGCGGCGGCGGCGGCGGCGGCUUCGGCAACGGCGGCGGCGGCAUGGCGCCUCCACCGAGGGGCGGCGGCGGUCUUGGAACCACUGAGGAAAUCAUGCUUCCGGGACCUAAAGUGGGUCUCAUCAUUGGCAAGAACGGGAAAACCAUCAAGCAACUACAGGAGCAGUCUGGAGCCAAGAUGGUGGUUAUACAAGAUGGACCCAACACUGAAUAUGAGAAGCCUCUCCGCAUAUCCGGUGACCCGGCCAAAGUGGAGCACGCAAAGCAACUGGUACACGAACUAUUGGCGGACAAAGACAUGCAGCCGGGCGGCGGGCCGCGGUCGCAGUACGACGACUAUGGCUCCGAUCCAGGCAACGGGCUCGCUACUAACUCCACUGAGGUACUGGUUCCCAAAAUAGCGGUGGGCGUGGUCAUUGGACGCGGCGGAGACAUGAUCAAGAAGAUCCAAGCGGAGACGGGCUGCAGAGUCCAGUUCCACCAAGAGAGGGACGACGGACCCGGCGACAAAAGAUGUUACCUACAAGGCAAGCCCCACCAAGUUGAACAAGCGAGACAGAUGAUCGAAGAUUUGAUAUCUAGUGUAAAUAGGCGAGAACAAGAAGUGAGACAAAGCGGCGGCCGCGGUGGCGGUCGCGGCGGACAAAGGAACGGCGACCGCGGCGACUACCAGCAGUGGCAGGAGAACCCGGAGAUCCGGGUCACGUUCACUAUCUGUGGGAACAAGUGCGGACUCAUCAUUGGCCGGGGCGGCGAAGUAAUAAAGCAGAUCAACGCGCAAUCUGGCGCGCACUGCGAGGUGGACAGGCGCGCGACGGGUGCGGACCGCAAUAACCGCACUUUCUUCAUCCGUGGUCAUCCUGAUGCGGUGGAGCACUGCAAGCGCAUCAUCAUGGAGAAAGUCGGCAUGCCCAUAAACUUCAUCCAAGACGGCGCCAACAACGGCGGCGGCGGGAACGGCGGCGGCGGCGGCGACUACUACGGCGGCGGCGGCGGCGGCGGCGGCCCGGCGGCCUGGGGGUACAACCCGCACUGGCACCAGCCGAGCGCUCAGUCGCAGUCACAGCAGCAAGUGCAAAUCAACCCAGCGACCGGGCAGCCGGACUACUCGCAGCAGUGGAUUGACUACUACCGCUCGUUAGGACUCAACAACGAAGCGGAGGCUAUUGAACAGCAAGCCAAGCGGCAGCAGCAGCAAGACAUGGGCAGCAGCGGCGGCCCCGGCUCCGGCGGCGGCGGCGGCAGCGGCGGCAGCGUCACGCCCACGCCGAGCGGGGCUGACUACAGCGCGCAGUGGGCCGAGUACUACCGCAGCAUCGGCAAGCUCAAGGAGGCCGAAGCCAUCGAGGCGCAGAUGAAGAUGAAGGGCUUGGUGGACUACGCGUGGGACGACGACGGCGCCGGCGGCGGCGAGGCCGGCGACGAGCAGAUGAAGACGAAGGGCACCGACUACACGCAGUGGGCGCAGCUGUUCCGAACCCUCGGCAUGUUCAGCGAGGCUGACGCCAUUGAGCAGAAGAUGAAGACGAAGGACGCAGACUACAGCGCGCAGUGGGUCGACUACUACCGGACCAUCGGCAAGUUCAAGGAGGCCGAGGCGGUUGAGGCGCAAAUGAGGAUGAAGGUCAGUCGAAGGGCAUAGACGAUGUGCAAAUUG